CCUCCUGGAACACACUGCGGGAGAUGCUGAACUUGCCGCCUGCCUUGCGCCGUCCUCUGCGUCGCGGCGUCCUUCCAACGCCCGGGAAGAGGCGUCUGGCGCGGUGACAUGUGAGGACACGUGAAGCAUGGCAUAUGAAGAUGGUUUCUGCCAAGAAGGAGCCGGUGAAAGCGAUGAGCCCCAGUUACACCUUGACUCUAAUCUACUUUUUCUGCAUGGCUACUUGUGUAAAGAAAAUAUCAGGACAAACCAAAAAGGAUGAGAGACUCUAUCCGGAGAAUUUCACCCGCAUCCUGGACCGACUCCUGGACGGCUAUGACAACAGGCUGCGACCUGGUUUCGGGGGUCCCGUAACUGAGGUCAAAACAGACAUUUACGUGACCAGCUUUGGGCCCGUGUCGGAUGUUGAAAUGGAGUACACCAUGGACGUGUUCUUCCGGCAGACCUGGGUGGACCGCCGGCUGACGUACGAGGGUCCGGUGGAGAUCCUGAGGCUCAACAACCUGAUGGUCACCAAGGUGUGGACCCCCGACACCUUCUUCAGGAACGGCAAGCGCUCCGUCGCCCACAACAUGACCGCACCCAACAAGCUGUUCCGCAUCAUGAAGAACGGCACCAUCCUAUACACCAUGAGAUUGACAAUCAGUGCCGAGUGUCCGAUGAAGCUGGUGGACUUUCCCAUGGACGGGCACGCCUGCCCCCUUAAGUUUGGAAGCUAUGCAUACCCUAAGACAGAGGUGAUCUACACAUGGACCAAAGGACCUGAGCACUCGGUGGAAGUCCCCCCAGAGUCGUCCAGUCUGGUCCAGUAUGACCUCACUGGGCACACCGUCUCCAGUGAAACCAUUAAAUCCAUCACGGGUGAGUACGUGGUGAUGACGGUUCACUUCCACCUCAAGAGGAAGAUGGGCUACUUCAUGAUCCAGACGUACAUCCCCUGCAUCAUGACCGUCAUCCUCUCCCAGGUGUCCUUCUGGAUCAACAAGGAGUCGGUGCCGGCGCGGACCGUGUUCGGCAUCACCACGGUGCUCACCAUGACCACGCUCAGCAUCAGCGCGCGCCACUCGCUGCCCAAGGUGUCCUACGCCACCGCCAUGGACUGGUUCAUCGCCGUCUGCUUCGCCUUCGUCUUCUCCGCCCUCAUCGAGUUCGCCGCCGUCAACUACUUCACCAACGCCACGCAGGAGGGCAAGAAGAAGGCCGCCCGCUGCCCCCCCGUCCCCCAGAGCACCCCGGUCCGGACCCGGGAGCACGAGGGGGCCGGCGCCCUGCAGAACCCUGACUCCAACGGUAACCUGAGGAAGCGGAUGAACUACGCCUCCCAGCAGGACGUCGGCGGGCCCCGGCCCGGCCCCCACUCCCUUCCGGGCGGGGCGGGGGGGCGGGCCCGCUCCCGGGCAACCCACGCAGCGGCGGCGGGCCUCAACGGCAGCUCGUCCACCCUGUCCCGGGGAUCCAGCCCCAAGUCGGAGGGCCAGAUCAGCGCGGCCUCCUCCUCGGUGCAGCUGGUGAUGCGGACCGCCCAGCCCGCGCCCGCCCCCGCCCGGGCCGCCGCGCCCGACGUGACGGCGGAGACGCCCUCCAAGCAGCAGGCGGCGGCGGCGGCGGCGUCCUCCUCGCUGCAGCACCUGCUGGGACCCCGGCUGGAGCGCAUCCAGGCCACCCGCAAGGAGCCCAAGCAGUCGCCCUGCUCCCAGCCCUCGGCCGCCGGCAUGGGCGGCACCAGCAAGAUCGACAAGUACGCCCGCAUCCUGUUCCCCGUGUCCUUCGGCGCCUUCAACAUGGUGUACUGGGUGGUGUACCUGUCCAAGGACACCGCGGUGGCCGCCGGAGGGUGAGGGAGGGGCGUCAGCGGGACGCAGGGGCGGAUAACCGUCAAUCGAAGGGGAGAACCUCGCGGAUUAUUGUUCUAGGGAUCGUUGCUGAGCUCCUCUGGGAACAGGGGAUGGAACCGUGCUGGACGAGGUGCUCCAGAGAGCACACCAUCGGGACGCCGUUGUACUUUUCCCGAGCCGGUUGUUCAGGAAACGCGUAGAGUUUGUAGUCGGCGGGAUGCGGUGAACGCCAUUCCGCCGCGAGACGUUGAGCGAACUGCCCUGGCGAGGACGCCAUCUUCUGUUUGAAGCGCGGUUCACUCGCGGUGACUAUAAAUGACGUCUGUAACAAGCAUGAGGGACAUACAGGCCUGGACAGAACCCCUGCCUGGACCUCCGAACACAACACCGGGAAUAACACACUGCCCCUAUCUCUCUUCCUACUGGGGUCCUUGUGACCGGGCCCCCAGAGACUCCCUCCAGGUGCCCCACUGGGAUCCUUGUAGUUGGGGCCCUAGAGACCUCCUCAAGGCCCCCCCGGGGCCCUGCGGGGAUAAGCAUGGCUCUGUUUCUUAUCUUUUGUAUCGUGGGAGGAGGAGCUCCGACUACACAAGGACCGGAGAACGUCGUGUAGAGGUUAUGUAGACCGUUUGAUUAGUUAAGAUUAAAGCAUUUAUACUUAAAAAGUCAUAGUCAUAGAGAAUUAUAAUCAUAUUGGCUGUGUUGUUUUGGUACGUUGGUUGUGGGCUAGAGGUUGAAAACUAUUUAUUGGCUCUGAACUUCAUUUUGGAGAGACGAGCAGUACAAUAGUCAUAUUAUUUAGAGCACAGAGUACCUAAAAGUAGGCCUAGCAAAUGGCAGGAUGGCAUUACUUAGUUUAUCAUUGAUUAUAUUAAAUUGUUUGUUAAUACAUGCAUUUACACACAUACCCC